UUUUAAAUAAUAUUUAUGGCAAAGAAUAAGACCAAGUUAGAGCGCAUUCAAAACUCAAAGGCCAGAAACCUGGCCUUUUACAAACGAAGGAAGGGAUUACUCAAGAAAGCGAUGGAGUUAUCCAUAAUGUGCGAUGUAAAUAUUUUACUAAUUGUGCUUAACCCAAAUGGUAAAUAAGUGCGAGGAGUUCACUACCCUCCCGAUCUCAAAAUUCAUGGAAAUGUAUGAGGGCAUUCCAAAAGAUCAUGUCUCUGUAAAUCUACCUUACAUUGACACUCAAGAGAACCUGUCUGAACAAAAAGUGGUCCCAAUGCGUUUAAAGAAGAAUACUGAGGAAAAACUAAAGAAGUCUACUGAAGAGAUCAUGAAGAGAAAGGAAGAUGCCUUCUCAUGAGCAAGGUCAAGGAAAAGGACCGAGAAAAGUAAUAGUAAGGAAGACCAUAGCUUUAAUGAAGAGAAUGGUAGAGAUGAUAAGCAUGCCAAAAGCGUCAUUGGUAGAGAAACCAAGAGGGCCAAGAGAGAUGAAGAGGAAAGUGAAGAACCUGAUGACGAUUUCGUUAUGAACAAUAUCAUUCCUGUCGAGUGCAAGACUACUAAUUCAAACGGAAAGUACCCUAAGCCCUUUGAGUACUUCCCAUAUCUGAAAACUCCAGGCCAGAAGAACUUAGUGAAGGAUCAACAGGUUGAGUCGAAGAAAAGCCCUAAUGAAGUGGUGGAACAGAAGACUGAACAAAAGGUUGAACAACAUCAGCAUGUAAUUAGUCCUCAAAGUAAGAUGAACAAGGAAGAAUUUAAUAAGAGUCCAAACUCAAUCAUCAAAGGGAUUGACUUUAAUGCAUUAAACUCUCCUCUGCGACAAUUGAAUAAUUCUUCUCGGAUCAUUCCAAAAGCGAUCUUUCAGAAUCCUCUGUCUAGAACUAAUUUUGCAAAACAGAUGCAAGAUUUAGAAGGCGCUGGAUAUGAGAAUCCUCCUUCUGCAUUUGAGAGAGCAAGUCCAAAUUAUGGUUUCUUAAAAUCACCAGGCUUGUUAAUGAAAGGACUAAACUCGAAUUAUAGCCAAAACAUGAGUCAUUCACCUAUAAAUCCGGUUGAAGGACAGGUCUUUAAUGAAUCUCCUUUGAUACCUGGGUUUUAUAAGAAUGGGACUCCGGUGAUACAAAACUUGGGGAGGCAAAUCUCUUCUAAUUUUGUAAGCCCAAUAAUUCCCCAGAUCGUCAAGAAACCUGGUGAAAAGGAGCUCAAGAAUUCCCCUGAUGCAGCCUCUUCAGAUGAUGAAGGGUUUGACGAGAUGAAAAAGAUCCUCCAGAAUUCUAAACCAGAGGAGCUCGAUGAUCAGUGCACCCAGAAGAUGCAGAAGAGGAAGAAGAAACUCAACGGCCGUCUCAAAAAGAAGCUUAAGAUAUUAUAAACAUGCCUGUGAAGAAUAGAUUUAUUGAGGAAGAAACUGGGAAGCAACCUUCGAUUCCGAAUGAAUCUCCAAUAGGGAAUAAAAAUUUCAGCCCGAUUCCUAAUAAGAUACUUAACCAGUGUAACGAGAGUGGUAAGAAGGAGCUGAAGUUAUUUGAUUCUGAGUGAUAUCCUCAAGGUAUCAAUUACUUAUCAGCUCAGAAAUACAAGAAUCAGCUGUCUAACAGCAUGUUUAAGCCAGAUGCGGGUGACUAAGCACACUGAUUUUCACCAAGAUGGCCA